CAUCAUCAGCACAUUCACCUCAUCCUCACCACAGCUUUCAAAUCAAAAUGUCUGGCGCAGCUGCAUCUACUAUCCGUAACGUCAAAUCAGUCGUUCCUCUUUUGGACAGAAUCUUGGUCCAACGUUUCAAACCAAACGAAAAGACUGCAAGCGGUUUAUUCUUGCCUUCUUCUGCUACAACAAGUCCAUUACCUGAAGCACAUGUCGUUGCUGUCGGACCUGGUGCAAGAGAUAAGGAUGGUCAAUUGAUCAAACCAAGCGUUUCAGUUGGUGAUAAAGUUCUUUUACCAGGAUGGGGAGGUAAUUCGAUCAAAGUACAAGAAGAGGAAUACCUUUUGAUUCGCGACUCCGAGAUUUUGGCAAAGAUUUCCGAAUAAAGUUAUAACAAGUGUACGACCAUAUUUGCAAUUGUAUUCACCUCUCAUGUCCGUCAUUCGAGUUUUGAGUCGUUGUGGGAAAGAGUCGUCUUCUGAUGUGUUUGCAUCCGAGGCAACGGCCUAGAUUUACCGUACAAAUCUGUAGUGCGCAGAAGAUGAUGAUCUAAGACUUCAUUUUAGAGGAGCGCCGCUGCUUUAGGCCUAUUGACGAGGGAACGUACCCGAAUAUGAUAGGUAAAGGGAGUAAAUUAACAUCUGUCAACUUCAGCCCACUGUGACAACGAAUUGAGGCAAGAGUGUGAAAAAGCUCGUCCACCUUUUGUCCGUUUGCAAAGCUAGCACUCCUUCGCUGGAUACACGUUCUAAGUUGAUGGUGUUACUUUACUUUCUUCAUCGAUCCCAUUUCUUUUUACAGUACAACAUUAUAUUACAUGGAUAUUAGUAAAAUACAAC